AUGGGUGCACCGCUCUUUUUCGUCGUCGCUCGUGUCGUGAGCCGGGACGGGGCCUUGGAGAAAUGGCGGGAUGUGUUGGCAGGUCUGUGCAAAGUAUCCAAGACAGAACCGUAUUCAAAUUCUUAUUACUGGGGUCACGACCUUGAUGGUGCACCGGAUACAAUAUGGGGUCUAGAGGGCUAUUACCACCCUGUUGGCUUCUUCAUGAACCAUGUCUCGAGCGACGGCUUCAAAAAGGAAAUGCGCAAGGUUGACGAAGGCAAGCUGCUACGAAAUGUUCAGGGACUUGGUAGCCCUGACUACGACCUCCGCCAUUACGACAAUUUCGGCGGUUUCCUCACGCGAAAGGAUGACAAGGACCGAGAUGCGCAGGACAGCUUUGUGGCUGUUGUGCAUUUUUCGGCCUCCCCAGGUAGACGCAAGCAGUUGUUGGGAAUUCUCUCAGACUGCGCCGACCGAAUCAAAGCGACAGAGAUUGGGACCCCUGGUGCAGCUCAGAGUUUUGCAGUACUGAAAGAAGUGAAUGAUUUCAAUCUCGCCAGUGUCUAUAUCAGAACUCGGUCACAAAAGGCGUGGGAGGAGUUUGAGACGCACAAAGCCUACCAAGAGCUCCUGGCGGACGUUAAACCAAUUACUACGAAGACAGAGACGCACCGAUCCCAGGCAUUCAUAGGCCACAUUGAUCAGGACGCACCUGCGGGCAACCCAUAG